AUGGAAGGUCGACAGGAACUUGAGGUAAGUGGUAAUGGUUUGGGAGAGCAAAUUGUAGGCUCUGCUCGUAAGGAGGAGUCCAGUAAAAUCAAAGUGAAGAGUUCUAGGAGAUGGAAGUUGGGUUUUCAGGUUUCUAAAUGCAUGUCUAUCAGAAGUGCACAGGAUGGUAGGAGGGGUUGUGGUCGUUUUGCUAGAGUUUAUAGAAGGUCAAGAGCCAGAAGAGUCUGGUUAUGCUCGGGUAUUGUUAAGGAAAAUUUGUGUUUGGAAGGCAGUCAGAAUCAGAAGCAUAAUCAGAGUAGUGGGGAUAUGGCUAACUGUCAGCAGCUUUCCCUUAGAAUUCGGGAAAAUGGUCUGGGUUUCUUUAACAAUAGUUCUGUCCCUGUUCAGAGUACUUCGGUGGUUCCCCUGGUUAGCAGUUCAGUUUCUCCUCCUAAGGGAACAGAUUCCAUUAUUGCCUCUUGUUCUCGUAAAGAUUAUAGAAGGAAAAGAAGAGGCUUAAUUUCAGAAGCUUUGGGCUUAGCGGAGAUUUCAACGGUGUAUUCUAGUACCUUUAAUAAACUGUUGGAGGAAGCUUUGGAAACUUGGGAUGUAUGUCAGAUGUUAGGAAUCCUAAAUACAAAAGUGUCAGUCGUCGUUGGUAAGGCGGAUAGGAGGGAAGAUGUUAAAGGGUGUCUUGGUGUCUCCUGCUCAGGGGUCGAAGGGGGGUUAAUCAGUUUGUGGAAUGAGAAUGUGUUCAAUGUCUCCAAUCACCAUGUUCACAGUAGGUUUUUGGCUCUGGUGGGAAAUUUUAUGCACGAUCCUAAGGAGUUCAUUUUUAUUAACGUCUAUGGCCCUGCUAUUAAAGACGAAAAGGAGGAUUUUUUUCGGGAGUUGUUGAACUUUGUUAUGUCAUGGAAUCUCCCGGCACUGUUAUCGAAAUCAAUUUCAGAUCACAAUCCGGUUUUGCUGGAGGAUGUUAAUCUGAAUUGGGGCCCUAAACCCUUUAGAUUCUUUAAUUUUCUUCUUCAGGAACAAGGCUUCGAUUCUUUUGUUGAAAAAUUGUUAGCAGUAGAGAAGAAUAAGAUUAAUAACGGGGGUAUUUUUCGGGUACUACAAGCUGCUAAAAAACAGAUCAGACGCUGGCCCGGUAGUAGUCAUUUAAGGCUGCCAGAUUUCAUUUCGAUGCUGGAAGCUGAGAUAGCUGGUUUAGAAACUAAGUCACAAGGUGGAAUUUUAUCCAAGGGGGAGUGGGAUCAGUUGACUGAGUGCAAGAAGGAGUUGUGGAGGUUGUUAAGGAUUGAAGAGAGUAUUUGGUGUCAGAAAUCCAGAAGUAGAUGGAUUAAAAAUGGCGACAGGAAUACAAGGUUUUUUCAUCUAUCGGCGUUGAAAAGGAGUAGAGUAAAUUGUAUUCAUACAUUAAAUAUUAAUGGAGAACUGGUCUCGGAUAAGGAAAAAAUUAGAGGUGGUGUGUUCAACUUCUUCAAUUCUGCGUACAAUUCCAAUUCUGCAUUGGAGGUGAAGGAUCUGAAUUUUGAUUUUGCGCAAUUAACAGCUUCGCAAAGUGCUUUUUUGGAGGCGGAAUUCUCUGAGUUAGAAGUUUGGCAAGUUAUCUCCUCUUCGGAUAGUUCUAAAGCUCCUGGUCCAGACGGUUUUUCCAUGGGUUUCUUCAAGAAAUACUGGAAUUUUUUAAAGGAGCAGAUUAUGGUGUUUUUCUCAGAUUUCUACAUGGGGAAAAAGUGGGCUCAUGGUGUUAACCAUGCUUUUAUUACCUUGAUUCCUAAGAAGGGCAAUCCCGAGAAAAUAGAGGAUUAUAGACCCAUAAGUCUUGUGGGCAGCUUGUAUAAAAUUCUUUCGAAAGUUCUUUCAAAAAGACUCAUUUCCUGUAUUAAGGACAUUAUUAGUCCUUCACAGUUUGCUUUUAUUCCGGGAAGGCAACUGUGGGACUGUGCAUUUAUAGCAAAUGAAGGAAUUGACUCUUGGAGGAAACAAGGUCUUAAAGGGGUUGUAUUUAAAGUGGAUUUUAGCAGAGCGUACGAUAUUGUAGAAUGGCAGAUUAUUCAAAGGCUUAUGAAAGAAUUGGGUUUUGGUAAGAGGUGGUGUUCUUGGAUUGCACAAUGUAUUUCCACAGCCUCAAUUUCGGUCCUAGUGAAUGGCUCUCCUACUGAGGAGUUUUCGAUUGCAAAAGGCUUGAGACAAGGUUGUAGCCUUUCUCCUCUUCUGUUCAAUAUGGUUGGGGAACUACUUCAUUUAAUGUUGAAUAAAGCAGUGGAUUUGGGUCUUUUCCAAGGGUUCUCUUUCGGUAAAAACCAAAAUUCUUUUUCUUUGUCUCAUCUUCAGUUUGCAGAUGAUUUAAUUAUCUUCUGUCGAGCCUCUGUCACUCAAAUCAAGAAUGUUAGGAGAGUGUUGAGGAUUUUCAGCGUUCUAACGGGGCUCCAUCUUAAUCUUAGUAAAAGUAAGCUCUUUGGGAUUAAUGUGGGGAGUGACAUCCUUGAUGAGUGGGCUAGGAACAUUGGUUGUUCGGUCGGUUCUUUUCCUACUGAUUAUUUAGGUCUUCCAUUAGGGGCGGUUAAGAAUUUGGAGAAGCUUUGGGAUCCAGUUUUUGCAAAUUUUAAUAGGAAACUGACAGGUUGGAAAGCCUCUUCUUUGUCCAUGGCUGGUCGUUUGUUUUUAUGUAGCAAACACAAUGUGAGCUGCCAUUCCAUGGAUAUCAAUAAGGUUUUCUCCCAAAAAGACUCUUGGAUUUGGAGGGGAAUCGUAAACAACUUUUUUAAGAAUGAUGACUUUGGAGGUUGUCUUAGGUCUCAUGCAAAGCUUCAAAUAGGUAAUGGUAAAUCCAUUUCCUUUUGGAACGAUUCGUGGCUUGGUGAGGUCCCUUUGAAACUGUUGUUUCCGAGAAUUUUUGUCCUCUCAUCCAAUAAAUUGGGUCACGUUGCUGAUUUUGGGAGCUUUGAAUUGAGUGGAUGGGUUUGGAAUGUUACGACUAGGAGGAAUCUUUGUGAUUGGGAGGUAAUGCAGUUGGUUGAGCUUCUGGAUAGGUUGAAAGACAUUAAACUUAUCGAGACUAUGGAUGAUUGUAUGCUGUGGGAUGGUUCGGACGAUGGGUUGUUUUCGGUUAAAGCUUGUAGGCAAGCUCUUUCUUCUUUUCAUGAUGAUUCUUUUCAGUGGAAUAAAUGUGUUUGGUUGGGGUUUGUUCCACCUAGAGUGGAGACUUUCUUGUGGCAACUGUCUCAUCAAAAAGUUGCUGUCAGAGCUGAAUUGUUGAGAAGGGGGGUCAAUAUAGGCGAUAAUUUUCUUUGCCCGUUAUGUAACUUAGAGGAAGAAUCUGUUCAACAUCUUUUUAUUUCAUGUCCGGUUUCUUGGGUUAUGUGGACUAAACUCAUAGGGUUCUGGGGUGUACGGUUAGCGCUUCCUUCUAACCCUCCCAGUCUGCUUAGUUCGUGGGAGGUAUUGAGGCCUAAUUCUGUGAUUUUGCAGUUUAUCCCAGGGGUAGUUUUUUGGUCUAUUUGGAAGAUUAGAAAUGAGAUCAUCUUUGAUAAGGGAAAGUUAGACAUAAUUUCUUUGUUUUUUACUGUGCGUUUCAGAUUAGCAAAGUGGUUCCUGGCUAAGUUUCCCCUAAUCACAUUGCAAGUGGAUUCUCUUAUUGGAGAUCCUACCCUGGCGGACAAUCUUACUGCUCAUAAGACUGGGAAUAACACUGUGUUGAGCUGGAUUCCUCCUCCAGUAGACUUUUUCAAGAUGAAUGUGGAUGGGGCUGUUAGUAGUGUGCGGAGGUUGGCGGGUAUUGGGGGUAUUCCAAGGGACUGGAAUCGGGUUACGCUUGCAUCUUUUUCAGAGAAAGUCGGUCCAGCUACUCCUAUUCUAGCAGAAUUAAAGGCAAUUAAAAGAGGCAUUGAUUUAUUUCUUUCUUCAAGUUGGGCGUCGAAGGGUAGGCUUAUCAUUGAAAGUGAUUCGAAGACAGCAGUGGAAUGGAUUAAUGAUGGCAUUUCUUCUCCUGUUUUUCUGGCUAAUUUUGUUAAGGACAUCGUGUUUUUCCUAGGUGGAUUCAUGAUGGAUUAA